UUACACGGCCCGACCCAACCCAACCCGAGCGCCCAUCCGCCGCACUCCACCUCGCCAUCGCGAUGGCGCUGCACCACCUCCGCCACGCGCCGCUCGCGCUCCGCCUCGCGAGGCUCCCGCACCUCGCGCCCUCCCCUCCUCCCGCCGCCCGCCACCACCACCGCCGCCUCCUCCUCCUCCUCGCUCCGUCACAGCGUCCAGAGGCACCCUCGAGGCCCCGCGCGCUCGCCACGGCCGCCGCGGAGGCCGACGAUGCCGGCAGCUCCGAGGGCGACGGCUUCUUCUCGGGGGAGAACACUUCGUGGAAGUCCCUAGGCAUAUCGGACCGCCUCUCCUCCGCGUUGCACGGGGCCGGCCUCGCGAGGCCUUCGCUUGUACAGGCAGCCUCUAUACCACAUGUUCUCACAACGAAUGAUGUAAUUGUUGCUGCUGAGACUGGGAGCGGCAAAACACAUGGUUACCUUGUUCCAUUGAUUGAAAAGCUGUGCUCAAAAUCGUUUUCUGCAGAAGAUGAUAGUUCUCAGGACAUUACCCCUAAGUCUCCCAACAUGGCGUUGGUCCUCUGCCCCAAUGUAAUGCUGUGUGAGCAAGUUGUUCGCAUGGCUAAUUCAUUGGUUGAUGAGUCUGGUGAACCACUUAAAUGUGCUGCUGCAGUUUGUGGACCAAAGGGUUGGCCUGCUGUUCAGCCUGACAUUCUUGUAGUCACUCCAGCUGCUCUGUUAAAUUAUUUAUUUGACUAUGACCCAGAAAAUAGGAGGAGGGAGAGAUUCCUACGCACUGUAAAAUUCAUAGUAUUUGAUGAGGCAGACAUGCUACUCUGCGGAAGUUUCGAAAAUCAGGUCAUUCGUCUCAUCCACAUGCUGCGAUUUGAUGAAAAGCUACUGUCUAGGAUGGAAAAUUCUGGAAAAGAAAUAUCACUUGGUGACACUAAUGAACAUCGUGAGGAUUCGGAAUCUGAGAGUGCUGAACUUAGUGCUGAUGAGGAGGAAAAUGAAGAUGGUCCUGUUCAAGAUAGACCUUUCAAGGUGGAGAAUGCUCAUGUUGGAGCACGCAAGAAGGAUUGGAGAAGGGUUAGAAAAGUUUAUAGACGCAGCAAACAGUAUAUCUUUGUUGCUGCCACCCUUCCGCAAAGUGGCAAAAAGACUGCCGGUGGGGUAUUGAAGCGUAUGUUUCCUAAUGCUGUAUGGGUUAGUGGUGCAUAUCUUCACCGCCACAACCCCAGAUUGGAGCGAAGAUGGAUAGAGGUCACUGCUGAUACACAAGUUGAUGCUCUUCUGGAUGCAGUGAAAUAUGGUCUCAAGAGUGAAGUUCAUGACCCAAAACUUGGUCCAAAUCGAACUAUGGUGUUCACAAACACUGUCGAUGCUGCAAAUUCAGUAUCUGAUAUAUUGCGGCAUGUUGGUCUUCCAUGCAUCUUAUACUAUCGCGAGAGCUCCCUGGAGGAAAGGGCUAACAAUUUGCAAUCCUUUCGGGAAAACGGUGGUGUGCUUGUUUGCACAGAUGCUGCUGCUCGUGGCCUUGAUGUACCAAAUGUUUCUCAUGUCAUUCAGGCGGAGUUUGCUGCCUGUGCUGUUGAUUUUUUGCAUCGGGUAGGUCGCACAGCCAGAGCUGGCCAAUCUGGGAUAGUGACUAGCCUUUACACAGAGGCAAACCGAGAUCUUGUGAGAGCGGUCCGUCAAGCAGAGGAGUUGGCCCAGCCAGUGCUUGUAGAGGAGCAAUCUGAAGAUGAUGCACGCAUCAGCACCACGGGGCGGCCAGGGUUUCCCUUACUGUUGGAGGUGGGGCUUAUUGCACCUGGCGGUAACCGUGGCAGACCGUACAAAAUUUAUCAAAAAUUUAGAUCAUUUUUUAAAUUUGUUUAAGUUUAGUGCGGUUAUCAUGGUAUUAUCAUUACUGUUGUAACAGUAACCGGCGGUCUAGGAAACCAUGGGUGCGGCAACCUUCAUAAACUGCAUAUUGGCUAUUGAGGUUUUGAUGUCUAGCUGCCUGUCAACGUAAUAUCCGUCACGAGAACUGCUACACAUACGACGCUACACGUACGAUCUACCAGAUGAAAUGGACGGAAGUACGACGCUCGCGACUGCAAGAUGCACGGCGCGCAUGACGCACGCCUGCGCUCGCCGUCAUCGUACGCUUAUCGUACGAAACCUCAUUGGCGCCUCAUAAAGUUUACAGCAUCUCUAAUAGCUUC